AUGCCUCAGUCAGCAGCUGUCAUCAGUGGGCUUCAAAAGAUGGUUCUGUACGAGACCAGAGCUAGGUAUUUUUUGGUGGGGAGCAAUCAGGCUCAGACCAAACACAGAGUGCUGAAGAUUGACCGCACGGAACCUAAGGACUUGGUCAUUAUUGACGAUAAGCAUGUGUACAACCAGCAAGAGGUGCGCGAGUUGCUCGGUCGCCUGGACUUGGGAAACCGCACAAAGAUCGCCCAGAAGGGUCCGUCGGGCCUGUCCAGGGCCGUGUCAGCCGUCGGAAUCGUGGGCUUUGUACGCUUCCUUGAGGGCUACUACAUGGUGUUGAUCACCAAACGCAGAAAAAUGGCUGACAUCGGCGGUCAUUCCAUUUAUAAAAUUGAGGACACCACUAUGAUUUACAUCCCUAAUGACUCUGUCCGGGUGGCCCACCCUGAUGAAGCCAGAUAUGUGAGAGUUUUUCAAACCAUGGACCUCUCCAGCAACUUUUACUUCAGCUAUAGUUACGACCUAAGCCACUCGCUGCAGCACAACCUGACGUUGCUACGGAGGCCUUAUGAACUGUGGUCGUCGUCGGCCUCUAACGCUGAAGAUGAAGUAAACACCCGGAACAAGCAGGACAGCUUCGAUAUAUUUGAAGACGAGGGCUUGCCCACGCAAGGUGAGAGCACUCAGAAACCCAGCAGCGCUUACUUUUUGGUUUAUGGCGUGCGUGCUGAGCCAUACUACAAGUACGUUUGGAACGGGAACUUGUUGGAGCGGGUUAAGGACAUCGUACACCCUGACUGGCUCAUGUAUAUCAUCCACGGAUUUUGUGGACAGUCCAAGCUCCUGAUCUACGGUCGCCCGGUGCACAUCACCCUCAUCGCCAGGCGCUCGAGCAAAUUUGCAGGAACCCGCUUCCUGAAAAGAGGAGCCAACUGCGAGGGGGACGUUGCAAAUGAAGUGGAGACCGAGCAGAUUGUCCACGACGCCUCUGUGAUGUCGUUCACGGUGGGAAGUUACUCAUCGUACGUCCAAACGCGAGGCUCAGUCCCACUCUACUGGUCGCAGGACAUUUCCACCAUGAUGCCCAAGCCCCCAAUUCGAUUGGACCAAGCAGACCCAUAUGCACAUGUCGCCGGUUUGCAUUUCGACCAGAUGCUACAGCGAUUUGGAUCACCCAUUAUCAUCCUGAACUUGGUUAAGAAACGAGAAAAAAGGAAACAUGAGAAAAUUCUGAGUGAGGAGCUCUAUCCCGCCGUGCUCAACCUCAACCAGUUCCUGCCACCGCAGCAUGGCAUCGAAUACAUUGCGUGGGACAUGGCCCGCUACACCAAAAGUAAACUCUGCAAUGUCCUGGACCGUCUUAGCAUGAUUGCGGAAAAUGUGGUGAAGCGAACCGGCUUUUUCGUCAACCGUCCAGACUUGUACUGUCAUACCCUCCACCCGGAUGAAAGAUGGGGAGACUUGGGUGGAAGCAUUUCAGCCAGCGGACGAGUACAGACCGGUGUUCUCAGGACCAACUGUGUGGACUGUCUGGACCGAACCAACACCGCCCAGUUCAUGGUAGGCAAGUGUGCACUUGCCUAUCAACUCUACGCACUGGGAAUGACUGACAAGCCCAAGCUCCAGUUUGACACCGACUGCGUGAGGUUGUUCGAGGAGUUGUACGAGGACCAUGGGGACACGCUAUCGCUGCAGUACGGCGGCUCACAGCUGGUGCACAGGGUCAAGACCUAUCGGAAGAUUGCGCCAUGGACUCAGCACUCCAAAGACAUCAUGCAGACGCUUUCGCGCUACUACAGCAACGCCUUCUCUGAUGCGGAUCGACAGGACGCCAUCAAUUUAUUUCUCCAAGUCUACCAGCCAGCAGAGAGCCGCCCACACUUAUGGGACCUUCCCACUGACUUCUACCUGCAUCAGAAGAGCACAAUGGCCCUCCCGAUGGACAGACGCAGUUACACACUGUGGUGGUCAGAGGGAGUCCUGUCCUACCUGCCUAUCGCCUAUGAUGAAGUCCCAUGUGAUGAAACCAUGAAGAAGUUGAAAGUCAAGCGAGUAAACCGCUUCGACGAGACCAUCGACAUCUACACGGAGUUCUUCCGACCCUAUGAGCUCACCUCCUUCGACGACACCUUCUGCAAAGCCAUGACCAACUCGGCCAGGGAGUUCAUGCCUAAAACAGUGGGAGUGGAUCCCAGCCCGUUCACGGUCCGCAAACCGGAGGAGACUGCGAAAUCAGUGCUGGGCAACAAGAGCAGCAAGGAGGAGACGCUGGUCCAGCGGAAGACAGCGGCCAGCGCGCCCCCUCCGCCUAGCGAGGAGGCAAUUUCUAGCUCAUCGGAGGACGACUCUGAGGAGGACCGUGAGGACGACGCCUCCGUCUCGCAGCGCUCCACCCCGGUUAAACUUUGGCUGGAAACUGGAGAGAGUGGCCGGGCGCCAGAGACCCACCAUCAAGCUUUCAAGGAACCCUAUGGACUUAAUCUGGCCGAAUUCCCUGCUGAGCAAGACCUGUUCAUCUACAACCGGUUUGCGCGACUGGGAGAGAGCCAGCAGCGGCGAACAGCGAGGAGUGAGCACCUCCACUUGGCAAACAUCAUCAGCUUAGAACCGGUUUCCCGCUUCCCCGAGGACAGCGUGUACGCCGCGUCACCACCGCAAGUGGACCGUGACAGCCGAGACGUCUUCGAGAGCCACGUGAUGGCGGCCUACGGUCAAGUGAGGCACCUGUGCCGCGACGACAUGUUGAUGUACAGGGAGUACGUCAAGAACAGAUACAUGUGA